AUGGGUUCUCUGGAAAAUGGGAUAGAGGGAGCUACAAAUGGCAGAGAAGAGCAUGAAGAAGAAACAGAGCAAGAGCCAAUAUUAAUGGAGCAAUCUGAGAGGUUUUGUAUGUUUCCUAUUAGGUACAAGCAAGUCUGGGAGAUGUACAAGAAGGCUAUGGCCAGUUUUUGGACUGCUGAGGAGGUUGAUCUCUCCCAGGAUGUACAGCAGUGGGAUGCUUUGUCUAACUCCGAAAAGCACUUUGUAAGUCAUGUCCUGGCAUUUUUUGCCGCAUCUGAUGGGAUUGUUUUGGAGAAUUUGGCUGCAAGAUUUCUAAACGAUGUUCAGAUUCCAGAGGCUCGGGCAUUCUAUGGAUUUCAACUUGCAAUGGAGAAUAUUCAUUCUGAGAUGUACAGCUUGCUUUUGGAGACAUAUAUCAAGGAUUCAAUGGAGAAACAUAGAUUGUUCAAUGCAAUUGAAAGCAUUCCUUGCGUCUCUAGGAAGGCUAAGUGGGCGUUGGAUUGGAUACACAGUUCCAAUUCAUUUGCAGAGAGACUUGUUGCUUUUGCAUGUGUUGAAGGAAUCUUCUUCUCCGGAAGCUUCUGUGCCAUAUUCUGGCUUAAAAAGAGGGGCUUAAUGCCAGGUUUGACAUUCUCAAAUGAGCUUAUCUCCAGAGAUGAGGGCCUCCAUUGUGAUUUCGCUUGUCUUCUGUACAGUUUGUUACAGAAGCAAUUACCUUGGCAAAAAGUUCAUGGCAUUGUACAUGAAGCUGUCGAGAUUGAGACCGAGUUUGUUUGUGAGGCCCUCCCAUGUGCAUUGAUUGGCAUGAACUCAGAUCUCAUGAGCCAGUACAUAAAAUUUGUUGCUGAUCGACUCUUGGUUGCAUUAGGGUACCAGAGGAAGUACAAUGUGGACAAUCCUUUUGAUUGGAUGGAGUUUAUUUCUUUGCAGUGA